AUGGUAGGCAGACUUUGGACCGCUCCUGAGGAGAAAUACUUCUGGAAGAAGGUCGUCCCCCACUCUUCUAAGCGUGUCGGUAUCGAUCGCGUCAACAAGCCAAAGGAGUGGGAGGAACUGGCGCACCAGAUGCAACGCGAUAUGGAUCUUCAAGGAACGUCUCAGCGUACCUACACUGGUACUAUGUUGUUUGAGCACUACUUCCAGAACAUCGACGCAGGACGACCGUCACCUAGCGGCGUUUAUUAUGUCAAUGAGUAUCUGGACAAACUUGGCCCCGACCGGGAGUAUGUCAAUCCUCGCACCAAUCGCCGCCGCCGCAAGGAGGCAAUUCGAGGUAAGGCUCGCGCGGUUUCCACUGAGCCCGCGCCGCCUUCGGACCGAAUGAAAGAUGAUAGCGUUGCUGCAGGCCCCGCCGACCGUCGGGGUUCUGAUGCUGACUCUCAUCCGCCUUCGAAGGUCUCAUCUGGAUUUUUGGGUCGACGACCCAAAGGAUUUUCUCGUGAAUCUCGACGCCUGCGUCCUCUUGCCCCGGCGCCCUCGCCGAUUCUAACAUCGCAGCCGGUGGCGGAUCGCGAUCGUGAGAGCCCGUCUCUCACUAAGCCGAAGGCUGCAUCUGGCCCACAGGGAAUGGGAUUGCCCCCCAUCACACCUAUUUCUGCAUCUCUCCCACGGCAGCAGAAAUCACUUGAUAGUGCUGUUGGAGUCGCUUCGCCUGCGCUUACUUCUUGGGGUAGUCAAUCGGAAGCUUACCCUACUCCUCGCGAGGGGCAAUUCCCUCGCUCUCCGAACCUCUAUUCGAAUGAUUCAGGUUGGCAGCGAGACUAUAGCGGUGGCUACCAAACGGGACGGGCUUCAAUUCCUAGUUCACCCUACACUCCAUCCUUUAGCCCUUAUCUGCCCGUUAAUAAUGGUAGAGCUUACAGUGGAAACCACUCUCGCGACGCUUGGGCUCCCCAGUCUCAGCAGUACUAUCCUAAUGAUUAUUCAUAUGGAUAUCGUCCGGUCACUCAAUCGUCCCCUGUCGUUGAAUCCUUCCCGAUGCAGUUUACUACCUCGAACGGACCUUCGGGAGGAACGUACAACGGAAACUCCCAGUACAGCCCCCAGUAUAAUCCCUCGUACAAUUCCUCGUACAACUCUCCGUACCCUCAGUACGGAUCUUUUCCGACAAGCGACGUCGGACGUGGUACUGUCCCUGUCCGUCAGUCACUGCCCAACCCGUCCCUGCUCGCCGACCCUAUGCUACCCCCUCCGAGUCAGUUUGACAACCCCGCCGGAGAAGAAGAAGAGUCGCUCUUCGUUCAAGAUGGCGACCCCUCUGUUGCUGAUACCCGGGCUCAUGCGGUUAAUGAAACUACUAUGACUCAAGGUACUACAAACCAUCCUACUACACAGUAUGGCAUUGACGACGUAGUUAACCGGAAUGAUGGUAGCAACGAUCGCGCCUAUCUAAACGACAACGAACUCUUCCCAGGCCUUGAUUUGAACUUCUAG